AUCAGAUAAAUUAAACCCUAACAAUUUUUCCUCCAAAAUGUCAUACUACAAUUACAUGGAAGACAUGGCAUUUCUUGAUUCAAUCAGCAGGCAUUUGCUGGAUGAAUUUCAGAACCCUCUAAUGUUCGCCGGCGACGACGACGGCGGCCUCCAUGACUUGCUAAUGUUCACCAGCGCCGUUCCAGCAGUGGUUGUGAAGACCGAGCCUAUCCCGGAAGUAACGGAGCAGCAAACGGAGAGAGUGGCGGCGAGGGGGAGCCAAUACAGAGGGGUGAGGCAGCGGCCGUGGGGAAAAUUCGCGGCGGAGAUAAGAGAUCCAUCCAAGAAUGGGGCCCGCGUGUGGCUCGGGACGUACGAGACGGCCGAGGAUGCUGCGUUGGCGUACGAUCAAGCCGCGUUUUCGAUGCGGGGAUCGAGGGCGUUGCUCAACUUCCCUCUCAGGAUUAAUUCCGGGGAGCCGGCGCCGGUGAGGAUUGUGUCCAAGAGGUCGGGGGCAUCGCCCGAUCGGUCCUCGACGUCGUCUUCCGACACUGGAUCGUCGCGGAAGCGGAAGACGGCGGCGGGGGGUAAUAGUGGUGUGAAAAAGAGGCGAGUUGAAGCCGGUUUACAAUAACGGUGGGAAUGGUCUACUAUUUGUUUAUUUUUGUCUACUACUUUUGUUGUCGUAUUUUUUCAACUUGUGUUGAUGAAAAGUAGUAAUAUAAUACUAUUACACUUUGUGAUAUGAAAACGCAAUCAACUUGUAUAGAUGCUUCAUGCUUACGAGAUUGAUGAUUUAUGAUUUAAAAUAUAAGUGGAAAUUGGGACCUGCGUAAUGAACUUGU